CUUCCUCUCUGGAGCCACAAAAGGCUGAAUGCAACUUCCCCCUUCUUUUUUACAUGUGCAGUAACACUCUUUUGACACCUGUAAACAGACUUUCAUGUGUCAAUUUGGUGGAGUUUCCCUUUAAGUUUUUUUUUUUUUUUUCAAAGAGGUCUCAGGGUACCAUCAGUAACUACAUUAACCAAAAAUGUAACCACAUCUUACCCUCAGACUUCUGCACAUUUCAUAUCACUGCAUACUGUCUCAAAAACAACUUAUGGAGUGUCCUUCCAACGGUUCACUACAGUAGGCUAUAACAAGCUGAAAGGUGCAGUGUAUGCUCCAUCAACAUCCCAGAGUGUUUGGACAUCCCAGCAGGAGCAGCAGAGGAGAAGGAGUAGUAGUAGUCGGAGGAAGGAGACUGUUCCGCUUCGAUGGCCGGAGCAGUGAGGAGGCUGGUAAGAGGGGGUGGGUGAAGACAGACAAGACAACGCUCUCUCUCUCUCUCUCUCUCUCUCUCUCUCUCUCUCCACACACACACCGAGUGUGCGUGCGUCCCGCUCCGCUCCAGCACGGUUCGAAGAAGGGAGGGGAGGGAGAGACACUUGACGCAUCGGAGUGAGUGAGCACACCGACGCUUCACUUUCCAAUAUGCAACCUGCGAGACGCCACGCCGUCAGCUACUUGUGUUACUGACACACACACGCACACACACACACACACACAGAUAGAGAGAAAGAGAAAGAGAGAGAGAGAGAGGCGGGGAUGGAGGUACAGUAGUGGAGCCGCGCACAGCAGCACAGCGCGGCACGGCACGGCACAGCUCGUGAAUGUAGCGCUGCACAAAAGAAAGAGCAGCAUCUUUGCGCACAAGUCAGACGGAUAUUUUUUAUUAUUUUUUGGCCCGGAGCGACGCCGCGACUCGACAGUGAUGUCUGUGUGCCAAAUUCUGUUUAGUGACAAAAUACGGAUUAAUCUGAGGCUGUGAAUUCACUGCUGUGAGGACAGAUUGGGAAACCAGAAAGGUGCAAAUCGGAUUCCAUACGUUUGUGAUUGGAUGUGGGACUACUUUGACCCUACAAAAUUGAAGAUGAUGUUGCUAUGGAAACUGCUGGUGCUGCAGUCACUUAUGGGGUGCCUUGCAGAGAGCAGUGUCCUGCAGAGUCCUGUCUUUACCAAGCAGCCUGGCAGCAUUGUGUAUCCUGUAGAGACUCUGGAGAAAAACAGGGAGGUGGUGUUCAGCUGUGAAGCCCAAGGAAGCCCACCCCCCAUCUACCGGUGGAAACUGAAUGGCACAGAAAUCAAUCCCAAAUCUGGAUCUCACUACAGCCUUUCUGGAGGCAACCUAAGAAUCAGCCAUCUGAACAAAGACCAAGAUGCUGGAACGUAUCAGUGCCUCGCCUCCAACUCCUUCGGGACCAUCGUCAGCCGAGAGGCCAGUCUAACCUUUGCAUACUUGGAAAACUUCAAGACUCACAGAAGAAGCUCUGUAUCAGUGCGUGAAGGUCAAGGAGUGGUUCUGCUGUGCGGCCCACCCCCACAUUCUGGAGAUCUCGUGUUUUCCUGGAUUUUUAACGAGUACCCAACAUUUGUGAAGCAGGAUACACGCCGCUUCAUCUCACAGGAGACAGGAAAUCUGUAUAUCGCCAAAGUGGAGCCCUCAGAUGUUGGAAACUACACCUGUGUGGUGACAAACACUGUCACCAAGACCCGAGUCCAGGGUCCACCCACGCCACUAGUGCUCCGCAGUGAUGGUGUGAUGGGUGAAUAUGAGCCAAAGAUUGAAGUUCAGUUUCCAGAGGUUGUUCAUGUUGCCAAAGCAUCCACUGUAAAGCUGGAAUGCUUCGCUCUGGGAAAUCCAGUCCCGUCCAUAAACUGGAGGAGAGUGGAUGGUGUACCCUUCCCCAGAAAAGUGGACAUGAGGAAAGCCAGCGGCGUCUUGGAAAUCCCAUAUUUCCAGCAGGAGGAUGCUGGCACAUACGAGUGUGUGGCCGAGAACUCCAGGGGAAUGAACACAGUGAAAGGAAAGCUCUCUUUCUACGCCCCUCCUCAGCUCAUCGAGAAACCCCAAGAUGUCCAGAAGCUCAUCGAUGACUCGCUGGUGUGGGAGUGCAAAGCCACAGGGAAGCCGAAACCGUCUUACAGGUGGAUGAAAAAUGGAGAGAACCUGGAGUCUGCAGAGCGCGUACAGGUUGCCAACGGAGCGUUGUCAAUCAGCCGCCUGACCCUGUCCGAUACCGGAAUGUAUCAGUGUGUGGCUGGGAAUAAGCACGGCGAGGUCUACUCCAAUGCAGAGCUCCGAGUUAUAGCUGUUGCCCCAGAUUUCUCUCACAACCAACUGAGGAGCCAGACGCUGGUGAAGGUAGGAGGAGACGCGCUCAUCGAGUGCAGGCCCAAGAUGUCUCCUUGGGGUGCAGUCUCUUGGCGGAAGGGCAGCGAACCACUCCGAGAAAGUAACAGGAUCAACAUUCUGGGCAACGGUAACCUUCGUAUAUGGAAUGCAACCAAAUCUGAUGCCGGUCUCUACACUUGUGUGGCAAGAAACCAGUUCGGCGUGGCGAGCAGCACAGGAAGCAUCACAGUUAAAGAGCCAACCAUCAUAACCACGCUGCCAUCCACGUUGGACGUCACCGUGGGGGAAAGCGUGGUCCUGCCCUGUCAAGUGAGCCACGACCCGUCCCUGGAGCUCAAAUUCACCUGGUUCUUCAACGAGCAGCUCAUCCACUUUGGAAGCCACGGUGGAUUUUUUGAGAAAGUGGGCGGUCAGCAUUCGGCAGGAGACAUUAUGAUUCGAAAUAUCCAGCUGAGGCAUGCAGGGAAGUACACGUGUGCCGUGCAGACAAAGGUGGACAGCAUUUCCAUUGCUGUUGACUUGGUUGUCAGAGGUCCCCCGGGCCCCCCCACCAGCAUCCAUGUAGAAGAAAUCACUGAUACCACUGCCUCUCUGUCCUGGAGGCCUGGUCCUGAUAAUCACAGUCCAAUUACGGCAUACACCAUCCAGGCCAGGACACCAUUUUCCCUCGGGUGGCAGGCUGUCACCACAGUUCCUGAGGUGGUGGGGGGCCACCAGCUGACAGCUACAGUAAUAGACCUGAGCCCUUGGGUGGAGUAUGAGUUUCGAGUCCUGGCAAGCAACACCAUCGGGACCGGCGAGCCCAGCAAACCAUCUAAACAAGCAAGGACAAAGGGGACCUCUCCGAAGGUCACACCAGCUAAUGUGAGUGGAGGCGGUGGCAGUCGCUCCGAAUUAGUCAUCACAUGGGAGCCGGUUCCAGAAGAGCUGCAGAAUGGACCGGGGUUCGGCUACGUCGUAGCUUUUCGACCCCACGGGGCCACAGGAUGGAUGCAGGCUGCUGUGCCAUUAGCUGAGAUGUCCAAAUAUGUCUUUAAAAACGAAACCAUCCCGCCCUUCUCGCCUUUCCAUGUGAAGGUCGGGGUUUACAACAAUGAGGGGGAAGGGCCGUUUGGACCUGUUACCACUAUCUACUCCGCUGAGGAAGAGCCUGGCCGAGCGCCCACCAGGGUCCGAGCCAAGAGCCUCUCUGCGUCCGAGAUUGAAGUUUCAUGGAAAGCGCUGCCCUGGAAUGCCAGCAAGAAAAGAGUGCUGGGCUAUGAGCUGAGGUACUGGAGUAGAAGUGAAAAGGAGGACACGGCCAGCGUGCAAAGGACUGUAGGAAAUCAAACAUCUACUGUUAUCCGUGGUGUGAAAGGAAGCACCACAUAUUACAUCUCGGUGAGGGCAUAUAACACUGCUGGAACGGGUCCUCCCAGCACCACAGCCAACGUUACCACUAAAAAACCACCACCCAGUCAGCCACCAGUUAAAGUGAUGUGGAACACAUCAAACUCCAAGAUUAUAGUGAACUGGGAGCAGGUCAAAGCCCUGGAGAACGAGUCAGAGGUCACUGGUUACAAAGUGCUGUACAAGAAGAAUCGACACAGCCGCCCUAACGUCAUGGAAACCAACACCACCUCCGUGGAGCUCGCUCUGCCCACUGAUGAGGAUUAUAUCAUCCAGAUAAAGCCAUUUGGAGAGGGUGGGGAAGGCAGCAGUAGCAGGCAGAUCACCAUCCCAAGGAUACCAGGCCCCAAUGCCGUCGGCUCAGCAUCCAAGGUCUCCACUCUAUCAGCCCUCAGUACAAUAGCAUUGUCUUUCACAGCGCGGACAUCUUUAUGACAAACAGCUCCCAGCAGACGUUGCAUCUGAUGUGCAGACAGCUCUACAGCGAAACGCAAACACAGCCAACUCUGGUGUAACUACAUCCAUUCAUUUAGAUUUUAGAGGCAGAAGGAAAAUGCUGAUAAAAAAAUAAAUAAAUAAAUAAAAAAAUCCGCCAUUGAAAUGAGAGGUAUAGAGUCCCCUUCAGAGCCCAGGCUAAGUAAAGGAGAUUGACCGAUGUCGUGACUAUGUUGUUACCAAAGCAGCUUUCAUAAGAAAAAAAAAUUAAGAGAAAAAUGUCUUAUAUGCAUCUUUUUGUAUGACAUGUUGAGCUUUUAUAGAUUUUUUUCCUUAAUCAAUCUGAAGUCAGUCUGGGCUAACUGGGGUGAGAACAAUUAAGUGCAUGGCAAAAAACAUCAUCAAAUUUUCCAGUCUGGAGGUUAAGAAUGUGAUCACCUUUUGUCUUCUAAAAUAAGAUAAUACUUAUGACUUUGUUCCAAAAAGACCAGAGUAGGUUUUUUUUUUUGUUUUCUUCAAGUGAAUGAACUAUUAACUGUUACCUGUUACAUCUCUGCAUUUCUAGUUCUGCAUUAUUUAAAAAAAAAAAAAGAAAAAUCACUCGAAGGAAUGCAUGGACAUGUUGGGUGUUCGUCAUUAUUGGUCAUCUUACCAAGUACUGUAUGUGAAGAGAGGAAGAGAGAAUUAGCAUUUUAAAUAAUCUGUCACUAGACAGCACAUGCUGACACUUUACCACUAUGGCAAAGUGUCAGCAUUAGAAAACUGUCCAAAGUUAGCCAGCUAAAUUUGAUUCAUAAAGAACAUGGACUAAUAUUUUCUUUCAAUACAGUAUGUCAUACAUUUGCAGAAAACACAAAAAUAUCAACUCCAGGCUAUCCUGCCAGUCAAAUGCUAACUGGCACUAAUUACAGAAAGCAUAGGUUGGGUCUUAUUGCAAUACUCCAUGCCACAUAUGCAUUGAACUAUGAGUUAUUGCAUUUUUUUCUGCUGGUCCACACUGGCCCCUCUGCAGAAACAGUCCUCGUUCUGUGCAAAAAAAGGCCUUUUAAAGUCCAUUUUAAGCUAACAUGAGUUAGCGAGUUAGUGAAUCAUGUAGCUGUGUUUCAAAGUUCUGUUCUUUUUCGUGCAAAAUUUCCUGCUAGUCCCCAAGUUUGUUACGAAGAUAAUACAUCCACACCAGUACAAAGAUACUUGAUUUGCUAAGUGAAGAAUUCUGAAACCUCAUAUUAGCUUCUUCUUAACUAGAAGGACCGUAUAUUACAUUAUAACUGUACUCAGAAGGGAUCACUUUACAGCCAGCAUGGACAGACUGAUUACAGUGACCAGUAACUAUUUCAGAGUACAUGUGGCAUGAAAACACAGAAAAAUCCAAACCUUAACAUGCUGUUUAGCAUGCCAUGUUUUUAGUGCCAGUCCUCUUUGGGAAGGUGACCAAGAGCUCACACAAAAGUCAAUGGAGUCCAUAAAGCCAUCCAUGUGAUAGUUACUGAGCUUGUUACCAGAAAUAGCAUCGUGCUGUCCCCUGGGUUCCUCUACCUUGGCCAUUGAAUUGCACUGGUGACCGGACCACCCUUGUGGCUGUCUCAUGCUCCUCAUUCUUUCAGUUAGCCCUGUGUCUAGAGCUAUUCUUUGCCUUCUGUGUGCCUCAUCAUAUGUUCAAAAUCCUCAGGUCCUUAAAGAGCCUUAACUUAUCAUAUGUAUAUCAAAAACAUUAGAAACAUAGAAGCAGCUGCGGUGAUGUUUACAUGCUGCUGUGUUGAUAGAUUCUGUAUGUGGUCAGGAUUUGGGGGGGGCAGCAUCCUUUUUGCAAUUCUGAGGUUACAAAGGUUAGAAUGGCAUUCUGCUGUUUCGCACGGGAUAUUGGCAAUAUACGAGGGCCGUGUGCAUUUUUAUAGGUGUGUAUUCUUAAUAAAAGACGUUGCUGCUGAUCUUUUCCUUUUCCCAUUGUCUUCUGAUGCCAUGUGGGAGUGCUGUGCUACAGAGGUGCAGUGCAGUCUGUAUGUAGCUUGUAAUCCAGUUAAGUAGUUUGUACUUUGGAGGGAAGUGUACUGUAGGCUACUGGGUCUUGCUCAGAAUCAUGCAUCAAGAAAUGUGUAAUAUACUGUUUUGUACACUUCAAAUCAUUUAUAUAAAAUAACCUUUCUAAAGAGAUGAUUUACUUGGUUUUUAUGUAAUGACUCUGUUUCAUACUGUAGCUAACUGUUGCUCAGCAUGACUGUACUUUGUCCUCUCUCUCUUCUGUCCAUCUGCAAACCGACUGAAUGGCUUUAGGAACAUGCAAGGUUCAUGCAUCUGAUAGGUUUGUGUAUACUGUAUGUGUACCAUGACUGCUAAAUCGUGGUCAGCCCCAUGUCUAUGCUUCUGUCCGAGUCAGCCCCUCUGAGAUGUAUUGGCUCUCCAUAUACGCUCUACAUGAGGGUUUCCUCUGUUGCUGUUUGUUGUUUAUACUGUGUUAAUAAAGUUUAUUGAUUUAUAGAACAAUGUCAAGCUCUGUUGGUCCAUCCAUCAAUACAUAUGACCUACGCGAGAACUGACAUAUAGGAAUGCUCUUCCCCUGGCCUUGGCAUUUGUUCAGAAUUCAAUUGAAUGAGACCAAAUAUCUGGAUUUAACAGUUAAGGGGGGUCGAUACAUCUUGAAGAUUUAUUAAUGGUGUACUCCAGUCAUAAAGUAUUGAAAACACUGAAGCAGCAGAGGCUUACAUAUCCUGACUUUUAGUCACUGGAUCCUGCACUUCCCAUAAUGCAACAUUAGUCUCUGCAUGCCUUUUUAAAUGGCCACAUCUUCCAAAAUGUGCAUCCUAAUUUUGAAACACAGGCUUUCUGCUAAAAUUCUGGCCUUGGAUAACUGUGUAUGACACCACUAUGGAUUAUUUUCUUGAGACAGGAGGAGGAGACAUGAUAUGACUGUUUUCAUACGCUCAGAAGUACCCCUCAUGACUAGUAAAGACUGUGUAAAAUCUGUGCAAUGCUCCUAGUAUACCAUCUGUACUUUAGAACAGUCGUUUAAAAACAUAAAAUGCUGUAAAUCUAUGGCAUUUUCUAUAAAUGUGUGUGUGAAGUUUAAUAAAUAUGUCGAGUGAAGUUUGUUGGUUGCAGAAAAUACACUAGAUGGCACUAAGAGCACACAGUUACAGUACAUGUGCUGAAUUUGGCCACAAGGUGGCAAUAUAAAACAAAGGUAAUUUUCCUUUUGCUUCACUGCAAUCAGAAUACAUCACCAUUUAUCAUCCAUAUGUUACUAAAAACAUCAAUGUACUACAUAUAAUGCAUUAUUAAUGUAUGAAGCCAUAGACUUAAGUAAAAACAAUGCAUUUACCCCUGUUUUAACUCUUUAUAAUAGGUGAUUAAUUAAAGUGAUAUCCCCUCCCCCUCUGUUCAGAAUCAGAGACAGUCUUUGAUACUGAGACAUUUAUUUAUGCAUGUAUGUUUUCCAUUUAGACCGAAUGCAAAUACAGCAAAUACACACCACCAAGCACUAGGGGAAUGUAGAGCAAAAGGCAGUGGAGAAUUCAAGGUGGAGGCUAAACAGUGGAGCAGUUUGACGUUCUUCACGGGAAAAAAAUCCAUAUCCAUAAUCUGUACUAUGCUGGUUUUUAUACGUUAAUGGGGCCAAUAAGUGUUUUCAUCUUGUUGUGGACGAACAGUCCAGAUUCAGAGAGACUUCUUUGUCGCUACAGUCAAUGUCACAUUCUUUACAAGACACUAAUUCACUUUCUUGACAGCUCCUCCUCACCUUGGACUGAGAGGAGAGGUCGUUCCUACAUCUGUGGUUAUCAACAGCACUUUCAGCCGAGCACUGAUAACCGUAACUCCUGCGCCCAUAACCCCAACUCCAAACAUAAGGCACCCAUUCAUAGAACAUUUCUCUUACAUUUCCAUCCUUCAGAUUGUACUUCCUGCCUACAUCUCAUGAACCUAAAAAACACAUCCCUGCUCCUCUCGAUUUCUACAUAGUUUACAGGAUAAUACACAGGAGUAUGGAUUUAUAUAUAAAUACAGGCCGUCCACCCUUCAACUCACCACCUCACCCACAGUACACAGCUUCUCUCCUGUUGCCUACAGUUGUUUCUCUUUCAUCAGUAGUGUGUCCGAUACUACAGCAACUACAGCAAGGUUAUUUUUCAGUUUACAGUAUAUGUGCUGCUAUCACUGCAAGCAAGUGCCUUCACAACAGUCCAGUGUCAUAUGACCAGUAAAAAUAAAACGCAAAAUAGAAUAUACAAAUAAUCAGUCGUUUCCUCGGAGUCAUUAACAGCAGGUCGACAGUUUCAAGUCAGGGGAUGGGAGGAUUAGACGACAAGGGCGACAAAGCCAUGGUCACAAGUGUUGGAAAAGCUCCUUUGAAUAUCACUAACUCUGUGUUAUAGGUUUUGGUUAUGCUUCGGUACACAUGAGAGUUCACAGUUUUCUCCCUUUAGAGGACAGAGGAUAAGAAUAAUGGCUGCUUAUUGCAAAUCUCACAAGCAGUGCGCCUCACUGCUUCAGUUAACAGUAGCACAAAGUUAACAAUGACGGCAACACGGUAUAACAUGGGUCAGGCUCCAUCAGAUGGGUUUCUUAUGUACGAUAAGUGAUGCAUAGUAUAGUAUUAAAGGUCAUCCAGGAUAUAUGUUAUGUGACAGCCAAAAGGAUCUGUAGGUAGACGAUGUUUAAUGUAUGCCACACUAUGAGUCUCGGCUUUGUCUGUUAAGGGAGGAACAGAGAGGAAAAUGCACAGGCCUCACAUUCACCACUCCUAUAAAUACAAUUACAAACUCAUACACCAUAAGUUAAAAGAGUCAAUCCAACAGAAAACGAAAAAGUACCCAUGUUAAACUUGUGGUUUUGAACUUUUCAGGCAGUGUUUGUGAACAUGUUCAUAUAAUUCAAAAAAGCUGCUAAGACCAAAGUUAUUACAGCCCAGAUGAAUCACAUGACUGUGUGUAAUAUGAAAGUUGCGGUUCAUAGUAUCGAACCAUCAGAGAAUUAUCACUGCUGUUUCCCUACAUAGCGUUUUAGCCUCUUUAAGCUAAUUGUUUUGUUUUUAAUGGUCCUUUACUGAUUUAGUUCAACCUAGUGAGCACCAAACUGCAGACAAAGUUAGACAGGUGAACAAAGUGGAGACUUCAGUAGCUAAGGAGUCAAAUAUUUCCCUCAAGAGAAUGAGUAUUGGUCAUCCGUCUAUGCUGGAUGUUUAAAUAGAUAACUAUUUGCAACACGUGUGCCAUUAUUGUUGUUUUUACAGCGUGUUACGCUGCCACCAAGUGGCCAAAAAAAUGACUUAUAUCAGGUUCAAGGAAUAGACAUGAUGCUGAUAUACAUUUGCUUUGAAUGAACAGCACGCACACAACCAAAGGCCUGUCCCCCUGUUCACUGCAUUUCUCUUCAUUGCAUCACAACUUCCCAAUGUGGCAAACUAGUUCCCAGUUCGGGGUGAGGUCUCUCUCAUUAACUGUGUGAGAUCUUGAGUGAAACACAACAUCAAACAAAGUAACAGCACAAAAAUGAAGCUCUUUCAAAGAGGUUUUAGCGUGUUCCCACAUGACGGGUGAAACGUCCAGAAACACAAGAAUAACACAUAAACUCUAUUUCAUGAUGGAAGUCAGUAAAAUGAAGUAAGAAGAAAAACGAAAACAUAUCAUCACAUUUCUGAAAUGUAUUAGAUAAAACAUUAUUUAUAUUAAAAUUUCUCUAUAAAUCCUAUACCUGUGCCCAAAACAUGUGACCAGCAUUUCUUUAUGUAAAUGGCGUGUUGACACCAAAAUGAAAAUGGUAAGCGGGGGCAAGUGGGAUGAGGACAGUGAUGCUUGUACGUUGGAGACUGGAGCCAAAGCAGAGUUCUAGUUGUCCACCGAGGGGUUACACAACUGUCUUUCUUCAGCAGAGUCCAUCAACAUCACUUUGUGUCCACCACUCACUGGCCUAGUGAUUUUUACAGUUUCUCCGUAGGUGCUCAGUCCCAACAUCUCCGAGCUUCUUAUGGAAUUCAGAUGUGAAUGUGUCCGUGUAUUUUCUUUUCUUUUUUUCAUUCCCUCAGCUAUUUUGUAAUUGAAUCAUGCAGAUUAUAAUCAUCUGAUAUUAUACAUAUUUCAUAAA